AUGGCGCUCAAUCUAACUAUGCAGGCUGUCGUUUACAGCGGCACCCCCUACAAUGUGUCUGUGAUGGACGUCCCCCGUCCCACGAUCCUCAACCAGACGGACGCAAUAGUUCGAAUCACCACUUCUGCUAUUUGCGGAUCCGACCUACACAUGUAUCACGGAGUGCAGGGCGGCACGCCACCCUGGGUGAUGGGGCACGAGGCGCUUGGGUGGAUCUCGGAGGUUGGCGAUGCCGUCUCGUCCCUCAGUGUUGGGGACUAUGUUGUUAUCCCUGAUAAUGUUGCGACCGGUCAUUUGAACAUGCAUCCACCGGAGGUGGACUCGUUUGGUACGGGGGCCGGCCUGGGUGGGCUGCAGGCCGAGUAUGCACGUGUGCCCUUUGCCGACAACUCCUUGAUUCCAGUGCCCCUGACCGCCAACACGACCAACUCUACGAUCGAAAGAGACUACAUGACCGUGUCGGAUAUCUUCGCCACUGGCUGGUCUGCGCUUACAUAUUCUGGAUUCGAGCCAGGAGACUCCGUCGCGGUCUUUGGCGCAGGCCCCGUUGGUCUGCUCGCAGCGUAUUCUGCCAUCCUCCGCGGUGCCUCACGAGUCUAUUCUAUCGACCACGUCCCCAUGCGCCUCGAACGGGUCGCAUCCAUCGGCGCAAUCCCCGUCAACUUCAACGAGACUGACCCCGUCGAGCAUAUCAUGUCCCUGGAACCCAAUGGUGUUACACGAGCGGUAGAUUGCGUCGGAAUGGAAGCGGUUAACCGAGACGGCCGAAUCCAAGAGGACAUUGUCCUCCAGAAUAUGAUCGGCGUCGCGGCAUCUCAGGGAGGUCUAGGCCAAAUCGGCGUUUUCAUGGCCCAAGCCAAUUCCUCUGGUGCACCGCUCGGAUCCACCCUCUCCCCGAACAUUACCUUCCCCAUAACUGAGUUCUUUGGUAAGCACCUGCGGUACGAAGCUGGAAUUGUCGACCCCAAGAUUGUGGCUCCUGAGCUCGUGGAAUUGAUUGCGUCUGGUCGUGCUCGUCCGGGCUUCAUCACAAGUGAAGUUAUUUCGAUUGAUGAGGCGCCACAAUACUAUCAACGGUUCGACCGUCAUGAGGAGAUCAAGGUGUAUAUACAAUUCCCUUAG